AUGUCUAUGCGGAAAAGGAGUGGAUCUGGCUCAAAGAGGCAUCUAAAAGAGAAGGUUGUACAAAUAUAUGAAUCAUUUUUCAAAGGAGAUGAUUUAACCAGUGAUAAUCCAACAUUUUGGGACGAGUUCUUCCUCCUCAAGCCUAAAAUCCCACAGUUAGAAGCUGAGAUCCAGAAACUGACUGUAGAUCAACUAAAUAACUUGAAAGAUAAUAUAAAUCUUUUAGUUUCUCAAUGUAUAGAAAUGCAAGGACAGGAACAUCAUAUAAGAUUAGUGUAUGCCCUCCAGACUUUCAGUGUCAUAUUAACUACAAUGUACCAAAGAGCUAGUCAAGAUCCAAGUAUAAACUUAAAACAAGUUCUUCUGGGUGAUAAUCCAAAUAUAAAAAUGCAGAAGCUUCUAGAACAUUGUAGUUCAGUGUUAUCAGGUGAUGUUCCCGACAGUUUGAAGUCUAUGGUUUUAAAGUUACUGCUGAUAAUAGCAACAGGUUUUGAUAAUAUUGAUGACAAUCCACUCGUAGAAUACCUGAUGUUACAUCCAUUGUUUGAUCCUCUCAUACAACUUUUGUGCACAUCAUCGGAAAGACAGCACCAUGGUUAUGAUGUGGUACUACUCGUGAUGUUUCUUGUGAAUUAUAAGAAACAGGAAUCGGCUAAUCCUUAUGUCGUUAAACUUUCCAUAUUGGAUGAUGAAUGUGCUUUGAAUGGUUACGGCCAAGUAAUAACGGCUGCGUUGAAUGACUUCGUGAUGACUACAUUCGGUGGUAUGCAGGCCGGCGGUGGAGGUUGGCUGUCUUCACUCACUAGUAUGGUCGGUGGAAUAUUCCUCACCACUGACGACACACAACCUGUUGUUAGAGGACAAAGACAGAGCGGUACAGAGGAGGGCAUGCUGCUCGGUCUGUUCGCCGCUGCUCAUCUCAACCGUAACUUCAUGACGACGCUGGCUCACUCGUCGGCAGCAUCCGCGCCCCCCUCACCGCCUGCUACGCUGCCUCCCAGACAGAGUCCACCGAACCUCGCUCAGAUCCAAGCUCUCAAUAACGACCAGCCUAUCAAUUUACUGGUGACAUUCUUUCAAUAUUGUUCAAUAGUGAUGGCGGACACUCGCACUGAGACGAGUAUCAACAAGUGCAGUCUAUGUUUCAUCACACUCACAUGCAUAGUGGAAGAACAAUUCGCUAAUUCUAUAAUGCAUGAUCAGAAUUUGACUUUUAAGGUGCAGCUAUAUCGUCUACCAAUGCGUCAUAGAAAAAUAGUUCCAGAAGAACCGCCUUCACAACCACUGGCCUCCACACUCAUAGAUCUAUUAAUCGAGUUCAUCAUGUGUCACCUUCUUAAAAAGUUCCCUGGUGACCUAUAUUCUCUAUGUGUGGGCGUUUUACUCCGUCUGUUAAGUUAUCAGAAGCGUUGUCGCGUCAGAUUGUCAAGAGACUGGCGCCCAUUGUGGGCGGCGCUCAUUGCUUUGCUCAAGUUUCUAGUCACCAAUGAGAGCGUACUGCUCAGGAAACAUAAUAUAUUCAUUAUGGCCCAACAGGUGGUGAAUAUUUUCAAUCUGUUCAUAACAUUUGGUGACACAUUUCUGCCCACCCCGGCGUCAUACGACCAACUGUAUUAUGAACUUAUCAGAAUGAAUCUAGUAUUUGACAACCUCUUCUUUAUGGCUCUCCGCUACUCCACGGGUGACGGAGAGUUCAAGGCAGAGGCUCUCCGCCUCGCCAACUGUCUGGUGAAUGUGAGGGCCAUCGUGCAACACUUCUCACCCAAGAUAGACGCCUGGCUCGCCUCGCAGCAUCUCUCCACACCCACCGAGGACCAGAUACUAGAAGUCGUCCGUAAGAACUACGACAGUUUGAUACUAAAGUUACAAGAAGGUCUUGAGAGCUACGAGCGCUACAACGAAAAGACCCACAAAACCUUGCUCAACAAACUGGUCCGCGUAGCAGCGAGCUACGCGCGGGCUCGUAGCGACGCUGCUACACUCACACAACACUCGGCCGCGCUACUAGACCACUACACAGCACUCGCCUAA